ACCAGCAACAUACAUUUAUUAAAUAAUUGGUCAUGGGUUCAUUGUUUUAUUUCCACGUGUGCAGUGGUACAAUGUUAUAUACACGCCGCGCGUUAGUACGGACAUUAUGCAGCGUGUCCAAGCAACGACGCUCACAAAGUAACAUAGCGCCCAGUGAGAGAGAGAGAGACAGUGGACGAAUGUAUUCGAUAGAGAUCAGAAAAAGAAAGAAGACAGUCGUUUUAGCGAUGCAUUAAUCCAUUAAUCAAUUAACUCGAAGCCUAGUAAUCAACAUGUAUGGACGUGCUCAAAGAGUAACGUUCUCCACCGUGGGCAGUACACCUGCCGAAGUCGGACCAGGGUCAUACGACGUUAUCCCAAACAAACAUGCUAAAUCAGAUUGCUUUGCCCCAUUCCUUUCCCUGGCCGACAGAGGUUCCGCGUUCAGCAUGUCCAGUGACUGCAUAUUCUUUCCUGGACCUGGACAGUAUGACUGCUCACAGUUUAAGUCCAAGAUCCAGGGUGGUCAGACUCUCCAGAACCGCACCAGGCGCUUUCAGGAGCAGCUUCCGGAGGGCCCGGGCCCUGGGGCCUACAAUGUACUGCCAGCCUCGGGGAACCUGCUAAGAGCCAAGUCAGCCAAAGAGAGGCUGGCUAGGAAGGGCCUUAAUAGUUCGGGUCUGCAGGCAGUCCCCAACCAGGUGCGACUGGGCUCCCAGGCAGGCAUCCCGUCUAUCCCAUCCCCGGGCCAGGCCUAUGGCUACCAGCACGACUCGAUGGGCGCGCUCUGUAAGCAGCCGCCCCCGGCCAGAGACGUCACCCUGGGCCCGGCCUUCUACAACCCACUGCUGUCAGAGCAAGAGAGUUCUGUCCACAAAUAUAAAGGCGUCCAUUUCGGGAACAUGACCGGGAAGAGAGCGGAGGUGAAGGUUUCCGAGGGCCCAGGUCCGGGAAAGUACAAACUAGACCAAGUCCAGCGGUCCACCUAUGAGAAUGUGAACUUGCGUAGUGAGCAGAGGAGCAGGCUGGAGCCCAGCCUCCCUCGCUACCAUGAGCUGGUGGUGAUACAAGAGGAGAAGAAGAGCGUGCCUGGUCCGGGCCAGUACCAUAUCCGGGGUCAGUUUGACAAGCCUGUGGAUGGCAACGACAACCCAUCCAUCAGCUGUCCUCCCUUCCUCUCUGAAACCAAGAGGUUCAAGUCAGCCAAAGAAGAGGGUCCACCGGUCGGGACGUACACCGACCCGCGCUGUGCCCUCGAGCUGCUGAAGAGACCCCUGGGCUCCAAGAGGGGCCCUUUCGGAGGAACCGCAGUCCGCUUCACGCGCCAGAGUCUGAAGCACUCCACACCAGGCCCAGGGUCCUACAAUAUGUUUGAUUGUGGUCUCGCCCAGGAGAGUGUGAAGAGAGCCACUCUGGAGAGCUCAAGGAAGGGGGGGUUUGGCUGCCAUGCCCAGCGCAACUCCGUCUUCCACAACGUACAGACUCUGGACGCCCCCGGCCCCGGGCAAUAUGUGGUGACAAGGCCUUCAGAGGAGCUCUACAAAAAGCAGCCGAUGGCAGUAUUCAGAUCAGCCACCCAACGCAUGGCGGCAUCUCUGCUGGCUAAGGACACCCCGCCACCAAACAGCUAUGACAUCGUAGCGUUCGACAAAAGCUUUGGCCACGCCUCCUUGGCUGAACCCCGAACCAAGGGAGCCAAGAGAUUCCAGGGUGGCUUCCUGUCCAGCGAGCCACGCGUCUCCUCCUUUCUGCAGUCCGACCCCAAUCUACCAGGACCUGGCCAGUAUAGCCCGGUCACAAAGACGUCUCCACAGCAGACUCUGUUCGUAUGCAGGGAGGAUCGAUUCAAAGUCCAGAGGAAUUCCAACCCCGGCCCGGGCACUUAUCAGCUGAGUCCGGGCGUCAUGGAUACGGUCCUGAAAGGCACCUUCAAUGUCACACUGCACAACCCUCUGGUCCCCCGCUGGCUCACCGCUGACUCUGCUGGCCCCGUGCCGGGGCCCAGGACCGACCUGCGUGACCUGCGACCACACGCUGACGUCUCCAUCUAGAGCCAAACACACACUUACUUACUUUUAUAAGCAACGAUGUCAAAGUUCAAAGCUUCAAAAGAAGUUCAGACGUUUGCCAAAUGCACCGUCUGAGUCUAAGGGGAAAGUAUUCAUUAUUUAUAUAGACAUUUCUGUCUUUCGCUACAUGUUUAAUUUAUAAUGAGCAAAGUCAAUUAUUAAGAUGAGGUGAAUGUGUUAUUAAUUGAUUGGAUUAAUUGGAUCUGGCUGAUCCCAGUUUCAAUUGAAGAGAAAAAAUGUAACACGUAUUAAACAAAUGAUUAUGGUCAUGACAACAUUAAAAAAGUGCACUGUAUCUUGUCUGUUGAUUCAAACUAGGAAUGAAUCUCCUUGAUUCAAGGUGAAAGGCAAUCUCUUGCAAAUUGCUUUUUUACUGAGGCUUGGUUAUUAGUUAUUUUUUAUUGGCAAUGUAAGAAAAUAAUCAGUAAAGUACUAGUA